AUGUCGUUCGUCGCACUCUCCCGCUCAACAUUCCGCCAUGCAAGCCGCAGCGCUCGUUUCUUCUCUACCAGUUUGCGUGUACAGCGCGAAUACGCAAAUGUCCUUGUCUCACGGCCCAGCCCAGGCGUGGCGCUCAUCACUCUGAACAGACCCAAGGCACUCAAUGCACUCAAUGCGGCGCACUUUCAAGAUAUAUCUGAUGCGAUGAAGGAGGCUGAUGAGGAUGCUAGUGUGGGUGCUAUAAUUCUCACUGGAUCAGAACGCGCGUUUGCGGCUGGUGCGGACAUCAAGGAAAUGAAGGACAAGUCCUUCGCCGAAGCGUACACCGCCAACUUCCUCGCUGAUUGGGAAGUUAUCACUAAGCUUAAAAAGCCGGUUAUUGCAGCCGUCAGCGGUUACGCCCUCGGAGGUGGCUUGGAGCUUGCAUUGCAGGCUGAUAUUCUUCUCGCAGCGCCUUCAGCACAACUUGGACAACCAGAGGUCAAUCUCGGAGUCAUCCCUGGCGGCGGCGGGACCCAACGUCUCGCCCAUCUCAUCGGCAAAUCGCGUGCCAUGGAACUCGUCCUCACCGGACGUAUAAUUGGUGCAGACGAGGCAGAACGCUGGGGCAUCGGACGGGUUGUACGCGAGGGCAGUGUCGUUGAUGAGGCCGUAAAGGUAGCGAGCGAUAUUGCAAGCAAGGGACGCAUCGCAGUGAAUGCGGGCAAGGAGGCCGGACUGAGAUUUGAGAAGCGGUUAUUCCAUGCUUUGUUUUCAACCAAGGAUCAGAAGGAGGGCAUGGCUGCUUUUGCUGAGAAACGAAGGGCAGAGUGGACGCACUCGUAA